GCUCCACCAAACCGUCGAGCUUCGCACUUGUUAUUAAACGCUAGUUUCUGUGUCAUGACUUUAGCUCCGAGUUGCGUUUUCAAACUCCAAAAUGCGGCGUUACAUUCGUGCACUGACGCUGUGCACAGUGUUUGCCGUGUUUUCGGGCUUGUAUGUUUACAGUAAGCUGGUUUACUCGGACGUACCGGUCGGAGGAAACGGACCGAAGAGGGGUUUCAUCCCACCGAGAGUCCCCGGAGUUAGGCGAGGGGCCGCGGACAAAACUGGGCCCCGAAGCCCGCACUGGUACAAUAGGUACAUCAUGCGUCAGAGGGGUCAGGUGGACGCGGGUGGUGGCAGCGUCCAGAGCAGACCUGAACCUCCCAUGCACCUGGCCGUGGUGGCCUGCGGGGAGAGGCUGGAGGAGACUCUCACUAUGAUCAAGUCUGCUGUACUUUUUAGCAUCAAGCACCUCUACCUGCACAUCUUUGCUGAAGAUCAGCUACACGCUAGCUUCAUGGAGGCUUUGGAGUCGUGGCCCGAUUUCAUUCGCUCCAAGUUCAACUACACAGUCUACUCCAUCAGCUUCCCCAGUGAGAAUGCAGCAGAGUGGAAGAAACUCUUCAAACCAUGCGCUUCUCAGAGGCUCUUCUUACCUCUGAUCCUCAAGGACAUCGACUCGAUCGUGUAUGUCGACUCAGACAUCCUCUUCCUCCAGCCUGUGGACCGCCUGUGGGCAUUCCUGUCCCAGUUUAAUUCCUCCCAGUUGGCCGCCAUGGCCCCGGAGCACGAGGAACCCCGUAUCGCUUGGUACAACCGCUUUGCCCGCCACCCCUUCUACGGCAGGACGGGCAUCAACUCAGGGGUCAUGCUCAUGAAUAUGACAAGGAUGAGGACCAUGUUCUUUAAGAAUGACAUGACGUCUGUGGGGCUGCGUUGGGAGGAACUCCUCAUGCCUCUACUUCAGAAAUACAAACUCAACAUAACCUGGGGAGACCAGGACCUUCUCAAUAUCAUUUUCCACUACAACCCUGAGUCCUUGCUGGAGUUUCCGUGCCAGUGGAACUAUCGUCCAGAUCAUUGUAUCUAUGGCAGUAAUUGUGCAUCAGCUGAGGAGGAUGGCAUCUACAUACUCCAUGGAAACAGAGGAGUUUACCACGACCACAAACAGCCUGCCUUCAGGGCUAUUUAUGAGGCCAUACGAAAGUACUCUUUUGGUGCGGACCCAGUGACUUCUUUGCUGGAUCCUCUAGAGGAGGAACUGUUGAAGACGACGCACACUUAUUGUGGUAAAAGCCACCCGCUCUUCACCAAGAGACUGGCGCACAGUCUGACAAACAUCAGCAGGAAGGCACCACAUGGACGAUGACGAAAGUGAAUCAACGAUGGGAUAGAGGCCGAGAGGAGAGAGACUAUGCCUUCGCCUUACGUUUACGAGCUUGUUCAGAAAAACAAGGAACAACGCUAACUGUUGUUGGCCACACAAACUUGCCUUGUCCUGCACAGUUUACUUCUAGUCUUCUCAGCUAAGACGCGUAGGCUACUUUGUGGACAACUGCUGAGCGGAGCUUUUAUAUUAUACCGGUGAACAGCUGCUUAAAGCUCAGUAAGACAGUUGGGAUUGUCUCAGACUGAGACAAAUAACUGCUCACCUCUUUUAAGUUGCUCUGCCUAAGAACAUGAUGUAAAUGCUUGAAACUGACGAAAUGUUUCGAAGGCCAGAUGGCCUGAUCGCAAAGUACUGAACUUAGAGUAAAAUAUUUUCUACACGUAACUAUUUUCCAGGUCUUUCUACAGACCUUACCAUUUUAUAUUUUGCUCAUAACUUGGGAUUUUUUUGUUUUUUUUGUUUUGUUUUUAAACCAACAAGCAUCUAGCCUCUUCCAUGUAAAUUAUUUUCUCCUUUCAGUGCCUUUUGAUUACUGACUAAAGGUGAAUAUUCGUCAUGGUGCAAAAGAUGUGUAAAUGUUUGGAAGAGUAGCUCUUGACUUUCCAUAUUGGAGAAUGUAUUGAACCUUGUGAAAACUCUUAUUAAAAGAGACAAAAAUUAUUCUAUCAGAACUGGACAAGGGCUUUUCACCAGGGCCUAUUUUUAAGAGACGUAUGCACUGGACCACUUUCAAUCCUCACAAACCACUCCAUUGUCAGUAAGCUGGGAGAGAAGUCAUUUCAGAGAAUUUUGCAUAGAAAAAUAAUAAUUUUUGAAUUUUUGGAGUUUUAGGUGAUUAUGUGAAUGUUUUCUGUGAUUUUGUACAGUGGCAGGGGUUGUGUAUAUGAAACCUCUAUCAGAGUACUGUUCCUCCUUUUCUAUGUUGUUUUAUCUGUUACACAGGUUACUUUCAGCUGAUAGAAAACAAGCUAAAUGGGGUUCACAGAUGCAGGUACCACCCCCAUUAAUUACACGUUUCAUAAUCAUUGCUGAAUAAUUACAUGUUAUGUUUUUUUCUUU